CACAGCUUCCAAUUCACACUUGCAACGCCCAUCCCAACCGUUUCCUUCCUCCUCCUCAGCCAUCCUCAGCCGUCCCGAAUACACCGUGCAGCACAUAUGCCCAUACAGAAGAGGACGUAGACGGACACAUACAGUACGCGCCUGUACAGAAACAAGUAACUCCGCGAUCCCCAAGAUGGCCACGUUCACCACCACCACCGCCUCCUUCGAAUCCACCGCCCCAAGCAACCUCAACGACGACGACACCCUCCGCUCCACCAACGACGACGCUUCCAUCUCUCGUCUCGCGGCUGUCAAUCUCGGCUACCUGUCCGACCCGUACGCCAAGCACUUCGUGAGAAGGGGGCAAAAACGGCCGCCUGUUAUCAAUAGAGGCACGUUCACGCGAUCAAAGGCGCUGGAAACCCUCAUAGAUCAGUUCUUGGAUGUGGAUCCGCGAGGGAAACAGAUUGUUAGUUUGGGUGCUGGGUCGGAUACGAGAAAUUUCCUGUUGAAAGCGGCAGGACGGCAGCCGCGGAAGUACUUUGAGAUUGAUUUCCCGGAGAUUGUCUCGAAGAAAGGGCAGACGAUCGCCAGAAAUCCGACGUUGGCAACACUUGUGGGACCUUACAAGAUUGACCGCGGAGGCCUAGCCCUGCACGGCUCGGACUACCACCUCCUAUCCGGCGACCUACGCACCUUCGCCUCCCACCUCAUCCCCCAUCUCCAAUCCCUCGGCCUCGACACCACCCUCCCGACCCUCUUCCUCUGCGAAUGCGUGCUCAUUUACCUCCCACCUGCUCUCUCACGCUCAAUCCUAAACGCCACGUCCUCGCUAGUUCGCAGCGGCGGCGGAGGUGGCAUGUUUGUGGUGUACGAGCAGAUCCACCCUGAUGAUGCGUUUGGGCGGGUGAUGGCGCAGAAUUUGCGAGGGAGGGGGAUUGAGUUGCGUGGGUGGAGGGAGUGGCCGGAUUUGAAGGCGCAGAAGAGGAGGUUUGGGGAGUGUGGGUGGGAGGAGGCGGGCGCGGUGGAUAUGAAUAUGUUUUGGGAGGGGUUAGGGGUGGAGGAGAGGGGCAGGAUAUCGAAACUGGAGAUCUUUGAUGAAGUGGAGGAAUGGCAGCUGUUGUCGGAUCAUUACUGUGUGUCAUGGGCGGUGAUUCCGGGGGAAACCGAAGCUGGGGAUCAGGAACGGAUGCAGCGGAUUGGGCUUUGUCGAAGUUGAGAACAUGGCGUAUUUGGAAAUUGCUUUCGGCCAGA